GUUUCCUUGGAUCCGCCAUUUCAGUACUGGAGUUUCUUGUUGCACAUUAGUUUUGAGUUUUAAAUGUAGCUUUUUAUCGGCGAAGCAGUAAAAUAUUGCGAUUUGUAUUCCAACGUCGACUCAGUCGAAUCAAACGCUUUGACGUUGUUUGGUUAAAGUUGCACAAUUCUUGGCGUUGCGACGUUUUCCCAGCGCCAGCGUUAGUCAACCAAAGUUUUUGUAUGAGUUGUGGAUAGGGAGAGGCCUCAAGCCUCGGACGAGAUUUCACAGCCAUGGCCGGUAAUUUUGAUGCCGAAGACCGUGAUAGCUGGUACUGGGGCCAGCUGAGUCGUCAGGAGGCCGUCUCCCUUCUUCAGGGACAGAGACACGGUGUUUUCCUGGUGAGGGACUCGUUCACCAUCCCAGGCGACUACGUUCUGUCCGUAUCGGAGAACUCCAAAGUGUCCCAUUAUAUAAUCAACAGCAUCAGUAACAACAGGCAGUCUGGCUCAGGUUUGGCUCUUCCUCGGUUUCGGAUCGGGGAUCAGGAGUUUGACGCGCUGGCAGUCCUGCUGGAGUUUUAUAAGAUCCAUUACCUGGACACCACUACACUCAUAGAGCCCGUAAGCAAGUCCAAGAACGCAGGUUUCGUCAGGUCCUCUGCCGGUGUCCCACAGCAGUCAGAGGAGGCUGAGUUCGUCAGGGCUCUGUUUGACUUCCCUGGCAAUGAUGAGGAGGACCUCCCCUUCCGUAAGGGCGACAUUCUGCGCGUGCUGGAGAAACCAGAGGAGCAGUGGUGGAACGCUGCGAACCAAGAGGGCCGAGCUGGAAUGAUCCCUGUGCCCUACGUGGAGAAGUACCGGCCUGCCUCGCCCACCUCUGCUGGUCUGAGCCCUCCUGUUGGGGGGGCUGGACAGGGAGGGCAAGCUGGAGCAUUACUAGGCAGCACAGACGGAACAGGGGCAGCACCGGUCAACCCUCUGGGCGACCCAGGCCAGUAUGCUCAGCCCGUAGUCAACACUCAGCUUCCCAACUUACAGAAUGGUCCUGUGUAUGCACGAGCCAUUCAGAAGAGGGUGCCCAACGCCUACGACAAGACGGCACUGGCUCUUGAGGUGGGAGACAUGGUAAAAGUGACCAAGAUCAACGUGAACGGUCAGUGGGAGGGCGAGUGCAAGGGCAAACGGGGCCACUUUCCCUUCACCCACGUUCGACUGUUGGAACAACACCAUCCCGACGACGAGAGCUGAGAAAACCCCUGCGCUCCCGUCGUCCUUUCUCCCUUCUCUCUGGCCAUUUUGACAGAUUUUUCGACAAGCACACAGAAUAUGAACCUAUGACCCGUCAGGACUUUGACCCUGCCUUCACACGACGUGUUGGCCGAUCUUGCCUAAUGUCAUUUUCAUGGACGCCAUUCAUAUGAGUUUACACUACGGUCAGACUGAAAUCAGUUUUACCUAUAUUAGCUUAUUUUCUUUUUUUUUCUCCCCCCUUUCUCAAUGACAGCCACAACACACAAGGAAAGCUCGACAGUAAGUGUGUUGGUGUGUUCCAGUUGUAGUUUUAGGAACGCCCCCUCAACUCGGAACGUCGGAGCGACCUUGCAAAGCCCGUCAUAGGAUUCCAAGAUAGAACAGAAAAAAAAACUUGUGUCAUAUUUGUUUCACCGUAAAUCAGUCGGACGUAUAAUACAGUUAAAUUUUUAUCUGUAUAUGUGUUGCCAUACUGAUACGGUGUAGAGCGUCGCUAUUGCCAACGUUCACUUUUUUUCCGACUUCUGCGAGUUCGUUUGUUAACCUCCGUGAUUAGAAAACAUGAGUCGGCCGUUAACUCACUUUAUAUUUUUCCAUCAUCUACUUUAAGUAAACCUAAAGUUAGGCAUUGUUUUCCAGAUGCUUUUACACUUAACCUGCUUGGUUUUGGAUUCAAAUGAACUGCUGCAUUGAGUUCAGUUCACCGGAUUUAACACGGGGUUUAAUAACGUUACACACGUUUUAUCAGGCAUUCAGAAGCGAAGCUAAUCUCUGACUCUGAACUGGAAAAAGUGAGAGUCAUGUCGUGACCACACAUUAGCUGCCAUGCAUUAGCACAAGACACUUCCUCUUUGGCUUGUUUUUUUGUUUUUGUUUUUUGAAUCUUUCGGGCAUUAUUUAUUACACCAGAAAGCCCCAGUUAAAGGCUCAGCUAAUCAUUCCAUUUGUUGAACCCAUUUGUUUUAUUCGUUUACUCUUCGUCUCACUGAAUGAGAUCGAAACGAUCAAACGGGAGUGAUGACGCACGCUCACAGUCACCAAACCAUUCCAGUCAGUAGCUGUGUUUGUAUGUGCUGAUUUUCUUCAUUCCAAAAAGAUUCUUUCCAAUUGGAAUUUAUUUCAUUGUUUACAUGGACUUAAAGUUAAAUGAUUCGAUUUUGGUGUGCGUCGUGUGGGUCGAUUAUUUUAUUGAUUAAUCAAGUAAUCGUUUGGACCAUGAAAUGUCAGAAAAUGUUGAUCAGUGUUUCCCGAAUCUGGAAAUAGUGAUGAUGAUCUCAAAUGUCUUUUGUCCACAAAACAAGAUUUUUUUGUUACGUGGAGUAAAGAAACCAGAAACUAUUCAGAUUUAAAGAAGCUGACAAAUCAGAAAAUUGUUUUAGUAAUGAAGAAAAGUGACGAUGAAUUUAAUAAUCAAUUUAAUCCAGUAAUUUUUUCAACCCUUCUGUAAAUACAGCAGUAACAAAAUGGAAAAGCGUCAAGUUUGCGUGGAUCCGACAUCGAAACAAUACUUGGCAUUUACCAGCCCUCUCAAUUCGGAAUGGGCUGUAUCGGUUCAGAGUUCGACAUUUACGACAUAUUGUUGUUAUUCCAAUCAGGCUUUUAUUGUGAUUACUUGUGUCCAUGUAAACAUCGCUCGUGAAUUACCUUUUGUCCAGGAAACUUAGGCUCUUCUUCUUUGGUUCCAUUCAUAACUAUACACUAAAUCCACACGUCGCCACUUCGUCAUUCUGCUCCGAAAAAUUUCCAGAUCAGAGCUUUUCUGUGCAUUUUCACAUUUUCAAGACAAAGACGUCUCCGAUAGCUAGCAAACCAAAGGCAGGGUGCAGUUACUCACAAGUGCACCGUAAACGGUGGAAACAGCACACGUUACAAACAGCAAACAGUUUUUUUAUAUCGGUUAUAGAACAGAAGACAGAAAAACGAUUUUCCUAAUGUUUUUGCACAUGUUCUCAACCACUACUCUCUAACAUCGACUACAUGGACAAUAGUGUUCAGACUCCUGACCAUUCCACCAAAAGCUUCCACUCUUUUUUGGCAACUUUUGUCAAGAUCAAGUGUUUCUAUGGCUAUGUGUGUCCAUUCAUUCUGUAGAGCGUUUAUGAGGUCAGGCACUGAUGUUCCAGUUCAUCCCAAAGGUGCUCGAUGGGGUUGAGGUCAGGUCAGUCACGUUCUUCCACACCAAACUUGUCAAAUUUUGUUUUUUAUAGUCCUUGCUUUGUGCACUGGAGCGCAGUCAUGUUGGAAUAGAAAAGGGUCUUCAUCAAUAACGUUGGAAGCACAACAUUGUCCAGAAUGUCAGUAUGCAGAACCAAAGCCUGAUUGAAACACCUCAAUUUAAUUCUUAGCAGGUCUGGCCAAAUACUUUGGUCCGUAUCGUGUAUCUGCGAAGAGGAGACACACUGCAUUUGUUUUACAGGGACUUUUAACAAGCAAUAGCCUCAAUGAAUUCACUCAACACUUAAGAAAAAAAGAAAAAGCUGCUACAGUAAAUGAACAAAAUCAGGUUUAAAGGCCAGCAGGGAAAGACAGCAUAACGUCAUAUUCAAGCCUGUUUUAUAUGCGCAGUGGACAGUAUUAGGCAGCAGUGACCGAUAUCAGUCAAACCUUAGUUUACACAGAUCCAGCCCAGUAUUGACGUAUGCACUCCACACACACUUGUCCCCUCCCACCAUUGCUCUGUGUACCCCCCCACACACACACCCAGCCACUGCAGUUCAUUCAUACACAGAAGGGAAAAACAUUGAUUGCACACAGGAGGUGAAACACUCAGCUGCUCUCACUGAAUCAUGAAUCAGUGAGGGUUUUUUUUGUUUUUUUGUUUUUUGGGGUGUAAUUCUCGACUGUGAACCUCGGAGUGAAAUGAACAAAGACUUUUCCUGACGGCGUCCACCUCGUAACUUACACACUACAAACCCCCCAAGUCCUCUUUUUUUGGACUAAAAGUGGAAAAUAUUAUGAUAGAAUUGAUUUUAUAUAUGAAUAUAUAUAUAUAUACACACACCUGACCUUACAUGCUUAAAUACUGUAAGCCUUUGUUUCUUCCUUCCUUACAUUUGAUUUUUGUUUACUUUUUUUGAGACUAUGCGCCUAUUAUUACUUUUUAAACACUAUCCGGCGCCGACGUGGACGACUUCAAAUGCAGCAAAGAACAAAACAAACACCGGACGUAGACGAAGAUGACAUGGAGGGAUUUUCUUUUUUUGUCUUCCAGCAGUUUAUUUUUCCUUUUUUUUUUAAAGAUGUUGCAUCAGCUGCUUAUGUUUUUGAGAAAAACUUCACCCUAAACACUAGUUAUUAUGCAUUUUUUUUUUUUUCAUGUUUAACUGCUAAAACAGACAUGAUGUCACUUGGUCAUUUCCUGUGCCGCUGAAAUGCUGUGAUUGACUCUGACGAUGCUGUAGGUUUACUGUUCCACAUUGAAAACUUUGUUUCCACACACAGCUCUCACUAUGUCGAUAUGAAAAUAAACCAUGAAAAAAGAAA